AUGUUCCCGAUGCAGAAGGGCUCCCUGAACCUCCUGAGACAGAAAUGGGAAUCCAGUGAUUACCAGAGGAGCGAGUGUUGUCCCAGGGGCAGUCUGUGUAGGUUCUUCCAGCCUCAGGAAAGGAAGCUGCUUGAGCCCAAAGAAGAGGCCAUGUCAGUAACUGAAGUUCCAGAUGCCCCAAGUCCGCUCUGCAGUUCAGGGGAUGAGAAACUGGGCUUGGAGCCUGAAGAGAAGAAUCACGAGGACAAGGAUAGCAACCCUAGGGAAUGUGGCCAGCCUGAAGUGCUGAAGGAAGACACCCUGCUGGGUAGGCGCAGGAUUGAGCGCUUCUCCAUUGCCCUUGAUGAGCUCAGGAGUGUGUUUGAGAUUCCAAAGAACAGCAGCAGACCAGCUGAGUUUGGCCGAAAGGAAGUGGAAAUUGAGCGGGGUUUGUGUUCACCAACAUGUAAGAGUCAACCCGGGAGCCAGUUGGAUGACUUUGUGAAAAACUCAGACAAGAAAGUCGAUGAAACAUCUGUUGACAAGAUGUCCCCUGAAAGUGGUCACAGCCACAUCUUGGAAGUGACUGUUGGCCCUAAUAAGACCGCGAGUGGACUUGCAGAAGAGAGUGCUGCCGAGAGCGAGGGCGUGUCAGAUCCGCACCAGGCCAUCUCCCUGAGAGAGCGGAUGGCGAGGUACCAGGCAGCUGUUUCCAGGGGGGACUGCCGCAGUUUCUCUGCCAACAUGAUGGAGGACUCAGAAAUGUGCAGAGUGCCUGGUGGUUUGGCCAAGGUGAAGAAACAAUUUGAGAAAGACGAGAUGACUUCUUCCUGUAAUACCUUUUCUCAGUACCAAUACCAACACCAGAACAGAUCUGAGCAGGAAGUAAUCCAUGGCAUCCAGGAAGUGGAAAGAAACAAACAAGAAGUUUCAAAAUCACAUGAAAUUGAUAUUUUUGAAACAAAAAUGGCCUCUCAUCUUGAAAAACACACUGAGGAAAUAAGCCAAGCUUCUCAGCUGCAUCAGUAUGUUCAAGAAACAGUCAUUGAUACACCUGAAGAUGAAGAGAUUCCAAAGGUAUCAACGAAAUUUUUAAAAGAGCAAUUUGAAAAGUCUGCCCAGGAAAAUGUCCUUUCUUCUGACAAAGUACCAAUAACCCCAGCCAAGAAGAUUAAAAUUGAAAGUGAAUAUGAAGAGACUUUCAGGCCAUCAUCAGUUGUGGGUACCUCUUCUGCUUCUUGCACUUCCAACAGCCAGAGGAAGGAAAUAUCAACCACAAGAUAUAGUGAUCACAGUGUCAAUUGCUCAACUCUGGCACAAGUUAAUGCCACAGCUUUGGGACAGAAGGAAGAAUUCCCUCCUCCCCCACCUGAUGUACUUCAAACUCCAAUAGAGGCAGCAUUUUCCCAGUCCCCUGAAUUUCCCAGCCCUCCUAGAAGACUGCCCAUGCCCAAAGAUUUGUAUUCCAAGCAAAGAAAUUUGUAUGAAUUAAAUCGUUUAUACAAACACAUCCACCCUGAGCUAAGAAAAAACUUAGAGAAAGAUUAUAUCAGUGAGGUUUCUGAGAUUGUUUCUAGUCAAAUGAACUCAGGGAGCUCAGUUUCAGCAGAUGUGCAACAAGCCCGGUAUGUUUUUGAAAAUACAAAUGAGAGUUCGCAAAAAGAUCUGAGUUCAGAAAGAGAAUACUUACAGUGGGAUGAAAUUCUGAAAGGAGAGGUUCAGUCUAUGAGAUCGAUCUUUGAGAACCAGCCAUUAGAUUCCAUCAACAAUGGGUCUCCAGAUGAAGGGGACAUUUCCAAGGGCAUUGCCAAUCAAGAAAUCAUUGCUGGUGGUGAUGUGAAAUAUACCACAUGGAUGUUUGAAACUCAACCCAUUGAUGCACUGGGGGUUCAUUCUUCCGCUACUGAAGAAAAUGCCGAGAAAAUCCCUGAGCUGGCCAGAGGAGAUGUCCGCACAGCCCGAUGGAUGUUUGAAACAAGGCCAUUAGAUUCAAUGAAUAAAAUGCAUCAAAGUCAAGAAGAAUCAGUAGAAACUGUCGUUAAGGACAUAACUGGAGGCGAUGUCAAGACUGUGAGAUACAUGUUUGAAACUCAACAUCUGGAUCAACUUGGACAGUUGCAUUCAGUGGAUGAGGUUCACUUACUGCAACUCAGAUCUGAGCUCAAAGAAAUUAAGGACAACGUUAAGAGAAGUAUAAAAUGUUUUGAAACUCAGCCGCUGUAUGUUAUUAGAGAUGGUUUAGGUCAAAUGCUAGAAAUAAAAACUGUUCACAGAGAAGAUAUUGAAAAGGGGGAUGUGAGAACAGCACGCUGGAUGUUUGAAACACAGCCCUUGGACACAAUUAACAAGGAUAUUACAGAAAUUAAAGUUGUCAGGGGCAUAUCCAUGGAAGAAAAUGUGAAAGGUGGGGUCAGUAGGGCAAAGUGGUUAUUUGAAACCCAACCUUUGGAGAAAAUCAAAGAAUCAGAAGAGGUCAUCACUGAAAAGGAAACAAUAAUAGGUACAGAUGUCUCCAGAAAGUGCUGGAUGUUUGAAACACAGCCAUUAGACACUCUAAAAGAGGCUCCUGAUGCAUAUCCUCUACCACCUGAGCAGAUCAUAGGGGGUGAUGUCCAAGCCACUAGGCAUCUAUUUGAAACAGUUCCAAUAGAAGCUUUGAAAGACAGUGCUGAUGUUGGAAAGCUUCAAAAAAUCAUUGCCUCUGAAGAAGAAAAAGGGGAUGUUAGACAUCAGAAAUGGAUUUUUGAGACCCAACCUCUGGAAGAGAUUAGAGAAGAUAAGAAACAGUACACACGAACAGUGAAACUUGAAGAAAUUGACAAAGGAGAUGUAAGGAAUUACACACAUGUCUUUGAAUCAAAUAAUCUAAUUAAAUUUGAGGCAUCCCACAAAGUAGAAGUGGAAGGGGUCACAAGAGGUGCUGUAGAGUUAAAUAAAUCCCUCUUUGAAACAAUGCCACUGUACGCCAUACAAGACCACCUUGGAAAAUAUCAUCAAGUAAAAACAGUCCAGCAAGAGGAAAUCCUAAGAGGUGAUGUAAAAAGCUGUAGGUGGCUUUUUGAAACAAGACCCAUUGACCAGUUUGAUGAAAGCCUUCAUAAAUUUCAGAUAAUUAGAGGAAUAUCUGCUCAAGAAAUACAGACUGGAAAUGUGAAAUCUGCUAAAUGGUUGUUUGAAACACAACCUCUUGAUGCAAUUAAAUAUUUCAGCAAUGUGGAAGAAACAGAAAGUACUACUAAACAAGAUACAGAUAUUGUUAAGGGAGAUGUCAAAACCUGUAAAUGGCUAUUUGAAACCCAGCCAAUGGAAUCUCUUUAUGAAAAAGUUUCACUAAUGACUGGCAGUGAAGAAAUUCAUAAAGGAGAUGUCAAAAGCUAUACUUGGAUCUUUGAAACUCAGCCACUUGAUAGCAUAAAAGAUGACUCUGAAGCAGUAGUCAAAUUGCAAACUGUAAAACAGGAGGAGAUUCAAGGUGGGGAUGUUCGUACAGCGUGUUUUCUUUUUGAGACCGAAAAUUUGGAUAGCAUUCAAGGAGAAGAAGGGAAGGAAAGCAAGCCUGUGGAAAUGGAUAUCCAAGCUGGAGAUGUGUCCAGCAUGAGGUAUAAAUUUGAAAAUCAAUCCCUAGAUUCUAUAAGCUCCAGUUCAGCAGAAGUUUUGAAAAAGAUCAAAACUCUAAAAACAGAAGAUAUUCAGAAAGGCAAUGUUUUAAACUGUAGAUGGCUUUUUGAAAACCAACCAAUUGAUAUGAUAAAAGAAAGCCAAGAAGGUGAUGAGUUAGUGAAGACAGUGACAGACAUACAAGGUGGGGAUGUAAGGAAGAGGUGCUUUAUUUUUGAGACAUUUUCAUUAGAUGAGAUUAAAGAAGAAUCUGAUCAUAUGAGUAGCAAGAAAACUAUUACUGAAGAAAUCAUAAAAGGUGACGUAAAAAGCUACAGGAUGCUCUUUGAAACGCAGCCCCUCUACGCAAUUCAAGAUCAACAGGGGUGCUACCAUGAAGUUACAACAGUUAAAAAGGAAGAGGUAAUUCACGGAGAUGUACGAGGAACAAGGUGGCUUUUUGAAACAAAACCAUUAGACUCAAUUAACGAGUCAGAAACUGUGUAUGUUAUUAAAUCAGUGACACAGGAAGACAUUCAGAAGGGAGAUGUUAGUUCUGUCAGAUACAGAUUUGAAACUCAGCCACUAGACAAGAUUUCAGAAGGAUCGCGUAAUGUUAUUCCAACAGUUGACUAUAUUCAAGGUGGCAAUGUAAAGACAAGUAAACAAUUCUUUGAGUCUGAAGAUUCUGAUAGGAAGAAUUAUGUAAGAACAGUAAGUGUCAAUGAAAUACAAAAAGGUAAUGUUAAAACAUCUACUUGGUUAUUUGAAACUCAUACCAUAGAUGAACUGAGAGGAGAAGGGUCAGAAUAUGAAAACAUCAAGACAGUGACCCAGGAAGAUGUGCAGAAAGGUGAUGUUAGGCAGGCAGUAUGGCUUUUUGAAAAUAAAACUUUGGAUGCUAUUAAGGAAGCAGAUGAAAGCAUCACAAAUAUUACCAAAGAAGAAAUCAUUUCUUCAGAUGUUAAGACAACCACGUGGCUCUUUGAAACAACACCCAUUGAUGAAUUUAAUGACAGCAGAAUAGAAAAGGUAGAAAUUAUUGGCAAGAGCAUUAAGGAAACAUUAGAAGAUCUCUACUCUCAAAAAGUUAUUGAGUCUCCUGGAAUCAUUAUCGAAGCUGAUGAAAUUGGAGAUGUGCGAAUGGCAAAAUACAAGCUAAUGAACCAAGCAUCACCUGAGAUACAAAAAGAAGAAAUUAUCAAGGUUGACCUCAAUAGUAUAAUGAUGAACUUACUUUCCAGAAGAGACUGCACGAAGAGAGAGAUUUUGGUGAGUGAAGAAGAGAAGGGAAAUGUCAACUUGACUAAAACUCAACUAUUAAACAGAUCCACUGAAUUUCAUGCUGAUAAAGAAGAGGUAGUGAGGGGUGAUGUACAGCAAGCAAUAAAAAGCCUGUUCUCAGAGGAAAAAUCUGUGAAGAAGGGCAUUUUAAUCCAGGAAGAUGAAAGAGGAGAUGUUAACAUGACUAUCUAUUGUCUUCUUCAUGAAAAUGCUGGUGACACAAUUCAGCGGGAAGAAGUAAUAGGAGGUGAUGUAAGGCGAACCAUUCACAAUUUGUUGUCUUCCACAUCAAACAAUAAAAUACGUGAAAAGGCUAAAAUUGAUGCCUCUGAGAGAGGAAAUGUGCAGUUUUUCACAACAUGCAUAGAAACUGGAGCUUUGGAUUAUCUCAGACAACUGCAGACAGGGUCAAAUGAAGCAUUAACACCUAGGAAAGAAGAAGGAGAGAAAGAAAUAAUUGGUGGUGAUGUUGAGGGCACAAAAUUGUUACUAAAGAAAAGGCAAUCUCAGGUUGAACGUACUGUUAAUGAAACUGACAUCAUCCCAGGAGAUGUACAUAAUACAGCUAAGGUUUUUAUGACAGAGCCUCAGAGUGCAUCUUAUAAGACAACCAAAGAAGAAACUGUAAAGGGGGAUUUAAAAUCAACCCUAAAUUCCCUCAGCCAGGCCAUAAAUCAGCAAACAGUGGCUAAAAAAGAAGAAAUUACUAAAGGUGACAGGUUGACCACACUCAAGUCAUUUAAAACAUCAAGCCACCAGUGGAAAGAAUCAAAACAGCCUGCUACCAUCCCUGAUGAUAUUGAGCAAACUAUUGAGCAUCUUGAAAGGGCUACAAACACAAGGACAGAAAUCAUGAAAAAAGAACUUAUCAGAGACGACCUUGAAACAUCAUUAAGAUCUUUGAAAGAAGCACAAAGAGGUUUCAAAGAGGUAGAUAAAGAACCUGCAAACAACGAAGUCCAAGCUGUGACAGUAGGGUCCUCAGAAGAGCAGAAAACAAGCAUUCAUCUGAAAGCUGCCCAAAGGGACCAAAAAAGUAUUCUCCAGCCAAGGCCAGGACCAUUUGAGCCAGCAGCCAGGUGGGAAGGAAGAGCAGAGGCUCCCAGUCAAUCUGAAGAAAGAACCAAGGUCAAUCUGCCAAAAGCCCCCAAAGGCACUGUAAAGAUUGUCAUAGAUCGUGAACAAAACAAUGAUGCUCUUGAGAAAAGCCUUAGAAGACUGUCUAAUUCCAGCCACGAAGCUACUGAAAAUGUGUUAGAAUCAGGGGACCGAAUGGAUGUCUGGACUGAUAACACAAGAGAAGAGCAUCUGAGAGAGGAGCAUUUGAGCAGACAAUUAACUUCAACUGUGUCAGCGAAGAAAAGUAAAAAGUCUGAGGAAUCAAGGAGACUGAGAGAGCUGAAAGAGGACAAUGUGUUCAACUCCACCCAAUCUAUUGACAAAAUAGUUGGAAAGCAGCAGACUCAAACAUGUGGACUGAGGAAUGGCCACCAGAAGACUGAGGCUUUCCAUGUAAAGAGUGCUAAAAAGAACACAAGCAUUCAAUUACCGCCAUGUACACAAAGCUUGACGCCCAGUCCCACUCAGUACCAUCCAGUCAGCAUGCCAGUUGGAGACACUUACAAAGUUACAGAGGACUUUCAGAAGCAAACCUUAAUAAAACAAGAAAUGCAAUAUUCUAAUGAGGAGAUAAAGAAAAACAACAUGAACAUUCAACCUGUACCUGUAGAUCAAGACCUAUCCAAAGUAACUAAAAUGAAAGUCUUUGAAAAAAGCCAUAAUAAAUUUAAGGUCAGUGACAAAAAUCAGAGGACUGAUGUUCACCUGAAAAAAGAGGACUUUCUAAUGAAAACAAAUACUUCUGCAGAGUUGAAAAUGGCAAUGGAAAGGUCCUUUAACCCAAGCAACUUUAAUCCGGAGAACGAUGGGAAAGACAGUGAGUGCUCUCUUCCACCUCCAUCUCCACCUCCUCCUCCACCUUCCAAUGCAUCAUCUGAAAUAGAAUUUCCUCUUCCUCCUCCACCUCCUUUAAUGAUGUUGCCUGAAAAAAAUGUGUUUCCUCCAUCACUAUGCACAGAGAAGAUAAAGGCUGAAUUUGAAAACUUCCCAGGCCUCCCUCUUCCUCCACCACCAGUAGAGGAGAAACCUGAAGUAGAAUCUCUAUCAACAUUUCCACCACCUCCCCUUUCUCCAGCAUCAUCUCAGAAAUCAGCACAGCCUUCCUCUUCUGUUCCACAAAAGCACAAUGAAGCUUUCAUACAUGAAUGUUCCCUAAAAGAAGCCUCAGGCUCUCAGCAAACUCACUCUCAGGCUAAAAUCACAACAAGAAAAUCAGGAGCACGUAUUCCACCCCCCACAUUACCCAAACCCAAAUUUUUCAAGGGAAUAGAUGAUAAAAAGAACCUUCUUUCCCAAAAAGUGGAAUUGGAAAAUUCCCCAUCAGAUAUGGAAUUUAAUAUUGCUUCCACAAAGGAUCAGAGAAGAUGCAUGAUGGCAACCAGCAGUGAAUGCACAGAGACAAAGCAGGACACAUUCAAAGGAAGCCUUGAUCAAAGAAAACAAGUAUCUAUUGACUCUGUAAAGUCUCCCUCUCAGAUAGUUUCAGAAACUUCAGCACCCAAAGAAAAGCAGGCAGCUCCUCUCAGAAAAUCACACUCAUUUCCAGCAAAUUCAGGACAGCAAAGUCCAAAACCUUAUAUGAGAAAAUUUAAGACACCUCUAAUGAUUGCUGAAGAAAAGUACAGACAGCAAAGAGAAGAGCUUGAGAAACAGAAACAAGAGAGUUCUUGCUACAACAUAGUCAAAAGAGAAAGUCAAAGUCAUAGUGUAUCAAAGUUAGAAAAAGAAAUGCCAUUACAAAAAACAAAUGAGGAGGUUCCGCUAUCUGGAAUGUUUUCAGAGCUCACUGUGCCUCAACCAAGCCAAGACUCUCAAAGUAGUGCUCAAGUCCUUGAAGUGGAUUCUAAUAAACAGCUCUCUACAACAUCAACAGUGACAGUGGCUGCCAAGAGCCUCCAACAUGCUCUAGCAUCCUCAGAAGCCAAAGAUAACAUGAGGAAGGAAAUUUUGCAGAGCUCCAGGGACGUAAUACAAUCUACAUCAGCUUGGAAAACUAAACAGAGUCAGCAAGAAUGUAGUAUACAACAAACACAACAGAAGAAAUAUCUGGAGCAGUUGCCCUUGCCCCAAAGCCAACCAGUUUCCCCAACUUUCAAAGUUAAAACCAUCAAGCUCCCCAGCAUAGAUCAUACAUUAAAUGAAACUGAACACAGAUAUGAAAGUCACAAAAAGCACUCACACGUUGAUGUUCAGACCAUUACCAAACAACAGUAUCAGGAAACCAAGAAAUUGGAAGCAAGUGCCAAGUACAAUAGUAAGCAAUCCAUGGCUGAAAAAUAUGACCAAUUAUCUAAGGAAGAAACAAAGGUGGCACUACCAGUGUCUACAGAAGCUGCAGAGAAGAGACAUGAAAGGAAACUCCAGAUGAAUCAUGAAAAACAAACAGAAUAUAGGAGAUCCGAGAGAGGGAAGCUUAUGGAAAGUGAAAGGAAAAGCCAGGGGCCCUCAAUGAUUGGUGCAAAAGAAGAGAGAUUCAUAGUUGAAAGACAACAAGAACAAUUGAAGGAUGAGUCAGCACCAAAGGUGGUCAAGCAGAAGGUGACGGAAGCACAUUUUGAUUCACAGACUCAAGAUUUUCAGCGAACAGAGAUACAGACUUCUGAAAGUAAUGUUGAACAUGAAAAAUUGUUCCAGCCAAGUAAUAGUCUGCAGGGGAAAAAAUGCAUUGGAGUCAAGGGCGUUCAACAGAAAGAAGUCUUUUCUGACACUAAAGAUUCAAAGGAAGAGGUUACACAGAACAAAUCUUUAUUUUCCUCUGUGAAAGAAUCCCAGCACGAUGAUGGAAAAUGUGCUGUAAAUAUAUUGGAAUUCUUGAGAAAGCGUGAAGAACUACAGCAGAUUCUGUCUAGAGUAAAAGAGUUUGAAGCAGAGCCAAGUAAAAAUGACCUGAAAGCAUUUCAAGCACUGUUACAUAUUGUUCCAGGAUGGCUGAGAAGGGAAGAAAAAAGAGAAAAUGGAGCUUGCAUUGCAAUGGAGAACAAUAUAGAAAAAAUCAAGGAAGAAAUAGCAUACAUUAAGACGCAAGCAGAAGAUAUGCUUGUGUCCUGUGAAAAUGUAAUUCAAGCAGCCAUGAUAUCCUCCAAAAUGGGGAAGCAGGGAAAGAAGCCUACUAGUCUUAACGAGGCAACAUCAAAAGUGUCUAAUGCUAAUGUCCACUAUGAUAAAUACACGGAGCAGAAAGAAAAUAAAAUUGUAGAAGCAGCAGCACACCAUGAAACAGCAGCUCAUCAUGAAGUACUUGCUGAUAGCCAUGUAAAAACCCAUCAGGAAAGUAGACGGGAUGACAGCAAGAUGUCUCCUCCCUCUUUAAAAACACGCCCACAAUCACCUACUUUUAUAACGAUUGAGUCUACUGCCCGACGGACCGUACCUUCUACUACUGAUGAGCUUUCUCAGUCUCCUAAAGCAGACAGUUUUGUUGAACCCUCCCCAGGAAGGCCCAUACCGCAAACAUGUAGCACUCCCAGGGCAGACAUGUCCCCUUCUCCACCCAGGAGUCGCUCAGAACAACUUGUCAAACUCAAAGAUACCACUGCAAAGUUAUCCAAAGGGGCCGUCCCACAUGCAUCAGUAACCCCAGUUCCAAUUGUGGAGAAAAGGUCUGAGAUCAUCAUGUCUCCUGCAACACUUCGUCGCCAAAUUAAGAUAGACACACGUGGUAGAGACUCUCCACCUACAAUCACCAUACCUGUAAGCGUAAAUCAUGUUGCUGGUAGUUCCUUCAGAGAAUCUAUGGAAGCGCAAGAGGAAGUUAGGAAAGUAGAGAAAAGAGCAACUUACGUUCACAAAGAUGGAUUAAAUUCUACUAACUGCGUCGUGCCAGAAACUGAGAGUUACGAUGCGGUCGAAAUCAUCCGCAAGGUCGCAGUGCCUCGCGUGCCAGAGCACAAGCAGAGAUACGAAGCAGCCAAGCGAUCUGUUCAGAUGGCUGAAAAAUUCGUGAAUGAUCAUGAAAAUGAAAUAAACAGAUGGUUCAGGGAAUUUGAGGAUGGCCCAGUUUUUGAAGCAAAGUCAAACAGAAGAGUUUAUGCAAAUGGAGACGCAAACCGUAAUGUAAAACAAGAAAGCCGAACAUUUUGUAAAGAGGAAUUUGGAUUAACAUCUUUAGGAAACACUAAUUUUACAGACUUUUCUUGUAAACAUCCUGGAGAGCUGCAAGAAAACAUUCCUGUUAAGCAGCCCAGGGUGAGCUCUGAAACAAGGUCUGUCAGUGAACAUCUCUCAGGCAUAGAUUCAUUUGAGAGUCACGUUGUUGGGUCAAAGACAACCACGUCAUCAUCCCAUAGCUCAGAAGCUACCAGAUCUGGCCUUGACUUCAAACAUGCCCCACCAACUUAUGAAGAUGUCAUCGCUGGACAUAUUUUAGAUAUCUCUGAUUCACCGAAAGAACUCAGAAGGAAUUUUCAAAAGACAUGGCAGGAGAGUGAAAGAGUUUUCGAAAGCCUGGGAUAUGCAAGCUCUGAUGCUUCUGCAACUGAAAUGAGAACCACCUUCCAAGAGGAAUCUGCAUUUCUAAGUGAAGCUGCUGCUCCAAGACAAGGAAGUUUGUAUACUUUGUCAAAAGACCGUUUAUCCAAUGGAGUGCCUAGUAGCAGACCAACAGAGUUUUCAUAAGUCCUGCUUCCGAUGCCACCAUUGCAACAGUAAACUGAGUUUGGGAAAUUAUGCAUCACUUCAUGGACAAAUAUAUUGUAAACCUCACUUUAAACAACUUUUCAAAUCUAAAGGAAAUUAUGAUG